UGUAAAUAUAAGAUGUACGACCAUUUUGAUAUGGACGAUCCAAGAGACACCAAAUUCCUAGCUGAUAUGUUCAUUGUACAGAAAGAAUACAGGAAAGCCUUCACUGACCUGCCAGGCUCUGGGACUGAUAGUAAGAUCACAUGCAAACAAGGCCUGAUUUCUAAAAUAGAGUGUUGUAUUGACAACCUAUGUGCUAAUAAUCCUGAGCCAAAUUUUAAAAAUGAGAGGAAUUUAUACGCUGAGCAGCUGAAAUGUUGCAUUCUCACAAAAUCUCCGAAUUUAUUGAAAAUAAUUCAUGAGAAAUUCAUGCCGAAGGUAGAAGAAGAUGAUUUCGAGCCACUAAAUCAAACUUUGUCAAGAUAUCUAAUGCCAAACAAGCACAACCAAUCUUCUUUUGUUCGCACACUUGAGAGUGGGAGUGUCAAGAUGGAAGGGAACUCCUCUUUCGGGUCUUCACACCAAGAUAGAAAAUCCCAAAAAGCCUCUUUUACUGUUAGGAAGAAGGAAUUGAAUGUAGAAAAAUAACCAGAACAGAGAUGACACAUUAGUCCUUCAUGAUUCACAAAUUGCACAUGUUAAGAUUUUAUCUGAAGAAAGCCAAAAUGAAUCAGAAAUCUGCCCUAAUACCACAGAUUCUGGCUCAAAACAGGAGAUAUAUAAUGUGAGACUCGAGGAUGAUGACCUUGUUAUUUGAAAGAAGGAAGAUCUAGAUCUUUCUAAAACAACUAAUUUGCGAACAAUUAACCUUGAUCUUUGUGAAGAUUCUAAUGAAAACUCCAUUGAUGAUUUUAAGCCAACAGUUGAGAAUAAGCAGGGAUCCGAAUCUGAAAGAAUAACUGAUAUCACACCUAACGAUGAUUUUAUAAACAGCAAGUUUCAGAAUAGCACUGCUGAGUUUAAAAGACCUACUAUCCGAGAAUCAGAGAUUACAAUCCACUCAAUAAGAUGAGCCGAAAAUUGCCUAGAGAGGAACAUUCUUCAACCUCUGCAAGAAAAUUUCCAAACUCAGGAUAACGAUCAGUUAGAACCUAUGGAUACAUUUUCUUCUUCAGGUAUUCACAAAAAUAUGAAGUCAAAGCAGACUUGUAGUUAUAUGUCGCAAUACAUUAAGAAACCUUCUGCCACUAAAGUUCUUGGAGAAUUGAACUUUACACAAGAAAAUAUUAAUACAUCUAUUCGUUCAAAAUUGGCAAAAAAAAGUCCAAUGCAGAAGGGAAAUCCUAAGCUGCAGAAGAAAAACCGAAGUCCUAAGCCUCAGAUAGUUUCUAUCAAGAAGCAUAUUGAGAGAAUCCGAAGAUCUCCUUGUAAUAAGAAUCUGAAGAAGGAGAUUAAUAAGCAUCAGCCUCAAGCUAUUUUGAGGAACCAUUUGAGCCCUCGAACGCCGAUCCUACUAAAAGAAGAUACCAACUUGCCUCUUAUGAACUACAGUAAAUUUAAGGAUCAGUUGAAAAAGACAGAGAAGCCUCAGAAGAGGAACCUUCAAAGGAAGAGAAGUAGUGUUAAAAUUAAUUAUAACACUAAGCCAUACGGAAGGAAGAACUCCAUCAAUUCAACUUGCAUAAACCUCUAUUCAAGCAUGAAGGAACAGACGGUGAUAAAAAAAAUGGAAGAGGAAAGCAAGGCAAUCAAAUCUAUUACCAAAUCUCUUCAUACAAAGAUGAACAGGAAAAGAUCCCACUCAAAACUUCAUGGCUUUCAGACAGUAGAUACUGAUAUAUCGAUCAGCUGCAAAGUUCCAGGAAGUAUCAGGCCAAAGGGGCUUCCAAAGAAGGAAGCCUACUCAAGGAUUAGAGCUUCAAGGGAUAUUUCCACUACUUCCAGGAAUAAAAGCUUGAAAUCAAGGAAAAAUAGCUUAGUUAGUAAAAAUUGAAGACUUAUGCAGAGGAAAAGAUCAACAUUUUUCUAACAAUAGAGAAGUGAGAGUUAAUAAUUCGGUGUUUUCAAUUUA